AUGGCGGGACGACCACCUCCACCGCCUGGUUGGGCACCACCACCUCCCCCAGGUGCGCCGCCAGGAUUAUCCGCACCGCCUCCACCACCUGGAUACAAUCCGUCUGCAGAUCCUCAAGCGGCGAAGCUGCAAGACAAGAAGCGGAAAUGGAUACGACAGCAGAAGCAGCGCUUUGGGGAGAAGCGCAAGGGUGGUUUUGUGGAGACGCAGAAGGCAGACAUGCCGCCUGAGCAUCUGCGGAAAAUCGUCAAGGAUAUUGGAGAUGUUUCUCAGAAGAAGUUCAGUGCCGACAAGAGAAGCUAUCUCGGUGCAUUGAAGUUCAUGCCGCAUGCCGUUCUGAAGCUAUUGGAGAACAUGCCUAUGCCGUGGGAGAGUGCUCGAGAAGUGAAAGUCCUGUACCACGUCAAUGGCUGCCUGACACUGGUCAACGAGAUUCCACGAGUCAUCGAGCCGGUGUUCCACGCGCAAUGGGCGACCAUGUGGGUGGUGAUGAGGCGAGAGAAGAGCGAUCGGAGACAUUUCAAGCGAAUGCGAUUCCCGCCCUUUGACGAUGAGGAGCCGCCACUCUCAUGGAGUGAAAACAUUGAGGAUGUGGAGCCGCUUGAGCCGAUUCAGAUGGAGCUGGACGAGGAUGAAGACGGACCAGUUUUCGAGUGGUUCUACGAGCCGAGACCUUUGGCGGAUACCAGCCACGUCAAUGGACCAAGCUACAAGGAGUGGAACAUGACGAUUCAGCAGAUGGCCACCCUGCACCGUCUCAGCAAUCCCCUCUUGUCAGACAUCACCGAUCAGAACUACUUUCACCUAUUCGAGAUGCCCGCCUUCGCCACAGCAAAAGCGCUCAACGUCGCCAUUCCCGGUGGCCCUCGCUUUGAGCCUUUGUACAAAGACAUCGAUCCGAACGAUGAGGACUUUGGUGAAUUCAAUGCCAUCGACCGCAUCAUCUUCCGUGCUCCGAUCCGGACUGAGUACCGCGUCGCAUUCCCAUUCUUGUACAACAGCUUGCCUCGCAGCGUAAAGCUCGGCAAGUACAGCUCCCCACAGACGGUCUAUGUCAAGACCGAGGACCCCAACCUUCCACCAUUCUACUUCGACCCCGUCAUCAACCCAAUCUCUUCAAGAUCUGUUGCCCCCAAGAACUUGUCGGUCAGUCUCGAGGAUGAGAUCUUUGGCGCCGGGAACAAUGAGGAGGCGGAUGAGGAGGAAGGUGGUUUCAGUCUGCCCAAAGAAGUCGAGCCUUUCUUGGAGGACGAAGAACUCUACAACGACGACACAGCUUCUGCCAUUGCUUUGUGGUGGGCGCCAUACCCAUUCGACCGGAGAUCUGGAAAGAUGGUGCGAGCGCAAGAUGUGCCGCUUGUCAAGCAGUGGUACCUCGAGCACGUUCCUCAAGGCCAGCCUGUGAAGGUGCGGGUGUCUUACCAAAAACUCCUGAAGACGUACGUCUUGAAUGAGCUGCACAAGAAGCCUCCAAAGGCGCAAAACAAACAGAACUUGUGCAGAAGUCUCAAGAGCACCAAGUUCUUCCAGCAGACCACCAUCGACUGGGUCGAGGCUGGUCUUCAAGUGUGUCGUCAAGGUUUCAACAUGUUGAACCUGUUGAUCCACAGGAAGAAUCUCACCUACCUCCAUCUCGAUUACAACUUCAACUUGAAGCCCAUCAAGACGUUGACGACCAAGGAGCGGAAGAAGAGCAGAUUCGGAAACGCCUUCCAUCUUAUGCGUGAGAUUCUUCGCCUGACGAAGCUCAUCGUGGAUGCUCAAGUUCAAUAUCGCCUGGGCAAUAUCGAUGCCUUCCAGCUCGCAGACGGCAUUCUCUACGCCUUCAACCACGUCGGUCAACUGACCGGUAUGUACCGCUACAAAUACAAGUUGAUGCAUCAGAUUCGAUCCUGCAAGGAUUUGAAGCAUUUGAUUUACUACCGCUUCAACUCCGGGCCAGUCGGCAAGGGACCAGGCUGUGGUUUCUGGGCGCCUGCAUGGCGAGUGUGGCUCUUCUUCCUCCGCGGAAUCAUCCCACUUCUGGAGCGCUGGCUGGGCAACUUGCUCAGCAGACAGUUCGAGGGUCGUCACUCAAAGGGUGUAGCCAAGACUGUUACCAAGCAGCGUGUCGAGUCUCACUUCGAUCUUGAACUCCGUGCCUCCGUCAUGGCGGAUCUCAUGGACAUGAUGCCCGAAGGUAUCAAGCAGAGCAAGGUCAACACCGUGUUGCAGCAUCUGUCCGAGGCAUGGCGAUGCUGGAAGUCGAACAUCCCAUGGAAGGUGCCAGGUCUACCUAAGCCUAUCGAGGAUAUUAUCCUCCGAUAUGUGAAGUCCAAGGCCGACUGGUGGGUGUCUGUUGCACACUACAACCGGGAGCGCAUCAGGAGAGGCGCUACAGUCGACAAGACUGUGGCGAAGAAGAACCUCGGACGUCUGACUCGACUGUGGUUGAAGGCUGAGCAGGAGCGUCAACACAACUACCUCAAGGACGGUCCGUACGUCAGCACCGAAGAAGGUGUCGCGAUCUUCACCACGGCGGUGCACUGGCUUGAGAGCCGCAAGUUCCAGCCGAUUCCCUUUCCAUCUGUCAGCUACAAGCACGAUACCAAGAUUCUCAUCUUGGCACUUGAGAGACUUCGGGAGGCCUAUUCUGUGAAGGGACGUCUCAACCAGAGCCAGCGUGAAGAGCUCGCGCUCAUUGAGCAGGCAUACGACAGCCCUGGCACAACGCUCGCCCGCAUUAAGCGUUUCCUACUCACGCAGCGCUCCUUCAAGGAGGUCGGAAUCGAUAUGAACGACAAUUACAGCACCAUCAACCCAGUCUACGACAUUGAGCCAAUUGAGAAGAUUACGGACGCAUACCUCGACCAGUAUCUGUGGUACCAAGCCGAUCAGCGCAAGCUUUUCCCAGCAUGGAUCAAGCCCUCCGAUUCUGAGGUGCCACCACUUCUCACCUACAAGUGGGCUCAGGGAAUCAACAACCUCUCGAACGUGUGGGGUAUUGAUGAGGGAGAAUGCAACGUCAUGAUCGAGACCAGACUCGACAAGGUCUACGAGAAGAUGGACAUCACUCUGCUCAACAGACUGCUCCGUCUGAUCAUGGACCACAACUUGGCAGAUUACAUCUCCAGCAAGAACAAUGUGCAGCUCAACUACAAGGACAUGAACCACACCAACGCAUAUGGUAUGAUCCGUGGUCUGCAGUUCAGCGCCUUCGUAUUCCAAUACUACGGUUUGAUUAUUGAUCUGCUGUUGCUUGGUCUACAACGUGCCUCAGACAUGGCCGGUCCGCCCAAUGCUCCCAACGACUUCUUGCAAUUCCGCGAUCGAGCGACAGAGACUCGCCACCCAAUCAGACUGUACACUCGUUACAUCGACAAGAUCUGGGUCUUCUUCCGCUUCAGCGCGGACGAGUCAAGAGAUCUCAUCCAGCGCUUCCUCACUGAGCAGCCUGAUCCCAACUUCGAAAAUGUCAUCGGCUACAAGAACAAGAAGUGUUGGCCUCGCGACUCGCGCAUGAGGCUCAUGAGGCACGAUGUCAACCUCGGACGGGCCGUCUUCUGGGAUAUGAAGAACCGCUUGCCGCGCAGCAUCACCACGGUCGAGUGGGAUGAUACCUUCGCAAGUGUCUACAGUCGUGACAACCCGAACUUGCUUUUCGCUAUGAACGGUUUCGAGGUUCGCAUUCUACCAAAGUCCAGGAACCUGAACGACGAAUUCCCCACCAAGGACUCCGUCUGGGCGCUUGUGGACAACCAGACCAAGGAGCGGACAGCACACGCUUUCCUCCAAGUCACCGAAGAUGACAUCGCCAAGUUCAACAACCGCAUUCGUCAGAUCCUGAUGAGCUCUGGCAGCACGACCUUCACCAAGAUCGCGAACAAGUGGAAUACGACCCUGAUCGCUCUCUUCACCUACUAUCGUGAAGCCGCCGUCAGCACCGUCAACCUGUUGGACACGAUCGUCAAGUGCGAGACCAAGAUCCAGACUCGUGUCAAGAUCGGUCUGAACUCCAAGAUGCCUUCCCGUUUCCCUCCUGCCGUGUUCUAUACGCCCAAAGAAUUGGGUGGUCUCGGCAUGAUUUCCGGAUCCCACAUUCUCAUCCCAGCUUCCGACAAGCGAUGGAGCAAGCAGACCGACAGCGGUGUUUCCCAUUUCCGCGCUGGUAUGAGCCAUGACGAAGAGACUCUCAUCCCCAACAUCUUCCGAUAUAUCAUUCCGUGGGAGGCCGAGUUCAUCGACUCCCAGCGUGUGUGGACGGAAUAUUCCCAGAAGCGCCUUGAAGCUAAUCAGCAGAACCGACGGCUUACGCUGGAAGAUCUCGAGGACUCUUGGGAUCGUGGUCUGCCGCGUAUCAACACCUUGUUCCAAAAGGAUCGCUCCACGUUGUCGUUCGACAAGGGUUUCCGAGCCCGGACCGAGUUCAAGCUUUACCAGCACAUGAAGAGCAAUCCCUUUUGGUGGACUUCACAGCGACAUGACGGAAAACUCUGGCAACUCAAUGCUUACCGUACGGAUGUGAUUCAAGCCCUCGGCGGUGUGGAGACCAUUCUAGAGCAUACCUUGUUCAAAGCGACUGCUUUUCCGAGCUGGGAGGGCCUCUUCUGGGAGAAAGCAUCUGGCUUUGAAGAGAGCAUGAAGUUCAAGAAGGCAACAGGUCUCGGUCUGUCCUUAUACCCUAUUCCCAACCGUCGCUUCACGCUCUGGUGGAGUCCGACCAUCAACCGUGCCAAUGUCUACGUUGGUUUCCAGGUCCAGCUUGAUCUGACUGGCAUCUUCCUCCACGGCAAGAUUCCGACAUUGAAGAUCUCUCUCAUCCAAAUCUUCCGUGCCCAUCUGUGGCAGAAGAUCCACGAGUCCGUCGUGAUGGAUCUGUGCCAGGUGUUUGACCAGGAACUCGAAGCGCUUGGCAUCGAGACUGUGCAGAAGGAGACGAUCCAUCCCAGAAAGUCGUACAAGAUGAAUUCUUCUUGCGCCGAUAUCCUCCUCUUCGCCUCGCACAAGUGGAGUGUCAGCAAUCCCAGCUUGCUCUACGAUACGAAGGACAACAUGGGCCUGACCUCGACCAACAAGUUCUGGGUCGAUGUGCAGCUCAGAUACGGAGAUUACGACUCGCACGACAUCGAGCGAUAUGUGCGUGCCAAGUACCUGGACUACACAACCGACAGCAUGUCCAUCUACCCAUCGGCCACUGGUCUCAUGAUUGGUGUCGAUCUUGCCUACAACUUGUACUCUGCGUACGGACAGUACUUCCCAGGUCUCAAGCAGCUCGUGCAGCAAGCCAUGGCCAAGGUCAUGAAGGCCAACCCCGCGUUGUACGUCCUGCGUGAGCGUAUUCGCAAGGGUCUUCAGCUGUACGCUUCGGAGAGCAACCAAGAGUUCCUCAACUCCCAAAACUACUCCGAGCUGUUCAGCAACCAGAUCCAACUCUUCAUCGACGACACCAACGUCUAUCGAGUGACGAUCCACAAGACGUUCGAGGGCAAUUUGACGACCAAGCCUAUCAACGGCGCCAUCUUUAUCUUCAAUCCUCGCACAGGUCAACUCUUCCUCAAGAUCAUUCACACGAGCGUCUGGGCCGGUCAGAAGCGUCUCGGCCAACUGGCGAAGUGGAAGACUGCUGAAGAAGUGGCGGCGCUCAUUCGAUCGCUGCCCGUUGAAGAGCAGCCGAAGCAGUUGAUCGUCACACGAAAGGGUCUUCUUGAUCCGCUCGAGGUGCACUUGCUUGAUUUCCCCAACAUCAGCAUUCGCGCAUCUGAACUUCAGCUGCCAUUCCAGGCUGCGAUGAAGGUCGAGAAACUCGGAGACAUGAUUCUGCGUGCGACUGAGCCUCAGAUGGUGCUCUUCAACCUCUACGACGAGUGGUUGAAGAGUAUCUCCUCCUACACGGCCUUCUCUCGUCUGAUCUUGAUCCUUCGUGCACUCCAUGUCAACCAGGACAAGACCAAGUUGCUCUUGCGACCAGACAAGACCGUCAUCACUCAGGAGCACCACAUCUGGCCAACUCUCUCAGAUGAGGACUGGGUCAAGGUCGAAGUGCAGUUGCGUGAUCUCAUCUUGAACGACUACGGAAAGAAGAACAAUGUCAACACGUCGUCCCUCACCAACUCCGAGAUCAGAGACAUCAUCCUGGGAAUGGAGAUCAGUGCACCAAGCAUGCAGCGUCAACAGGCCGCCGAGAUCGAGAAGCAACAGCAGGAUCAACAGCAAUUGACUGCCGUCACGACCAAGACGGUCAAUGCUCAAGGCGAGGACAUGAUCGUGACCACCACGACGGCCUAUGAGCAGGCCACAUUCGCAUCCAAGACCGAGUGGCGUACCCGUGCCAUUGCGACCAGCAAUUUGCGCACCCGCGCCAACAACAUAUACAUCUCUUCCGAGGACAUCCGCGACGAUGAGCACCACUUCACAUACGUCAUGCCGAAGAACAUCCUCAAGCGAUUCAUCGCCGUGGCCGAUCUUCGUGUGCAGGUUGCAGGAUACCUAUACGGGUCUUCUCCUCCAGACAACAAGCAAGUCAAGGAGAUCAAGUGUAUCGUCAUGGUGCCUCAAGUCGGCAGCACUCGCGACAUUCAGCUGCCACGCAGUCUGCCGGAGAAUGAGAUGCUGAACGGUCUCGAGCCUCUUGGUAUCCUCCACACCAGCGCCGGCAACGAGACGACGUACAUGACCGCUCAAGACGUCACCCAGCACGCGAAGCUCAUGGCAGCACACCCGACCUGGGACCGCAAGACCGUGACCAUGACUGUCAACUUCACGCCCGGAUCCGUCUCGCUCAGCGCAUGGUCUCUUACACCUCAAGGCUACCAAUGGGGCGCAGAGAACAAGGAUCUCGGCUCCGACCAACCCGCCGGCUUCUCUCCGCAGAACGGCUUCGGCGAGAAGUGUCAGCUGCUGUUGUCUGACAAGAUUCGUGGUUACUUCCUUGUACCAGAAGACGAGAGAUGGAACUGGAGCUUCAUGGGCAGUGGCUUCGGAGAGCGUGAGAAGGGUCGCGUGUGGGUGCAAGUUGGUGUGCCGAGGAGGUUCUAUGACGAUGUGCAUCGGCCUAUUCACUUUCAGAACUUUGCGGAGUUGGAGGAUGUGUGGGUUGAUCGGAGUGACAAUCUUGCUUGA